CCUUCCAGCGUGUCUGUGCUAGGCCACCGUAUGACGUCAGGCCCAAACAGGAAGUUGCGCUGCGCAGUUUAUGUUGCUGGUGAUUUCGCUCCGAGUUUCUACAGAAACGCUUUUCAGAACUCAAACGAAAGUGCCGCGAUAUGUCACAGGAUUUGUGGUUACAGAAUUAUGAUGCAGUUUGUCGGCUGGCUCAAGAAAUUGCAGAAAACAUCCAUGAAAGAAAUAGACAGCAGAGGACUGGAGGAAAUCCAGCCAAGCUCAACAUGACCCUGAGAGCGUCGUUACAGAAGCUCAAACAGAAUAUAGCACAGCUCAGGGAGACAUUGAGUCGUGCUUCUGCUCAACGGCGUAUAAUGCAAGCUGAAGCAGACAGAAGACAGAACCUUGUUGACGACCUGGCUACCAGAGAAACGAGACUCAACGCCUCUUUCAAAGGAGACUUCUCAGAAGCUGAGCCAUCAAGGUCAAGUCUGAUGACAGGUGGAAAUGGCUCGGGGCCUGCCGUGAACCCGUGGCUGGUUAAUGAGUCUGAGGAGACCAGAGGACUCAGUUUUGGAGAAAUCAAACACCAGCAGCAGCACAUUAUCGAAGCUCAGGAUGCUGGCCUGGAUGCUCUGGCUGCAGUCAUAAGUAGACAAAAACAGAUGGGUCAGGAGAUCGGCAAUGAACUAGAAGAACAGAACGAGAUCAUCGAUGACCUUGCCCAGCUUGUGGACAAGACGGACGGCCGCAUCAAAAACGAGACGCACAGGGUCAAGGUGCUGGACACAAAGUCUGCUUCCUGUGGAAUGCUGGUGGUGAUCGUCCUUCUCCUCAUCGCCAUCAUCGUCGUGGCUGUUUGGCAAUGACUUAAUGAAGAGGAAGUUUCUGAAGAGAAGAGAGACGGCACGUAUACGGACCUCGGACGCUAUUAGUAAAACCGUCUUUGAGGUGAACGAGAGAUACUGUGUAUGUAAACGCACGUCUACUGUAUAAAAGCCUUUCCUGUCCCCUUUCACAUUUAUGAAAGCAACGAAACCCGUGACUGGGAUAAAGCCAAGGAAUGGACCGCUAUGAAGAACUAGAAUUCUUAGCUCCUCAGAUAAUGAUCAAAGUUGGAUUCGGAAUGGAAAGAAAAAUAGAAAAGGGCUUUGAAUAGUAUUAUGAAAAUAACCACGAGCCCGAGAUGCUCCGAGGGGGGAAAACCUAUUUAAAUUCUUUGUUUGGAAGUGAAGAAAAUGAUCCGUAUCCAUCUGGUAAACAAGGUCUGAGUCACAAAGCAAUACAAAAUAUAUGUAUAUACAGUAUAAUUAAAAUGUAUUAUCCGUUAACUUCUCUUUCGUUAUCCACUAAGCUACAUUUACAGAUUCUAUUUUGGAAGUAAGAAAAAAUGUAAUGCUUCAUUUUGUCAUUAACGCUUUUCUGUAAAUAGCUUUUAGCCUGGAAAUGCGAUGGUUAGAAAUUCGAAUAAAUGUAGUCGGUCGCUUCGGUCUCGGAUUUUUUUAGCACGAGCUUUGUCACGUUCCUCAAAAGGUCGUUUUUCCUCAAAUCUUUUAAAUAAAUCAAAUUUAUAGGAAUGAAAAGGCACACCAGUAAUGUUUUGAGAUUUUAUUCCAAAUGAAUGCUGAAUGUAGUUCUACCAGGUUGGUGUUCAGUAGUUAUCUUUCCCUCUGGAUUUUAAUCACAACCAUCUAAACAACCACAAACUGUAAAAAAAAUAAAAUAAAAAAAAAAUAAGAAAGAAAAAAAAAAAGACAUAAAAAAUCCACAAUGUCUUGUGUCAUUAAAUAUUUUCUUAUAAUAACCAUAAUAUAUUAGUAUGCACUGUAAAACAAUAUUGCAGACGUCUUGUAUUUGCCACAGCUAAAUUUACAAUUCAUAAUAUGAACAAGAAGCAAUGUAUGGAAGGUCUGCUGGUAAUGUCAGAUACAGGAGCCAUCUUUCCACUGCUGCGAAAAGUAAAAACCGAACAUAAAUUUACAUCAUUGGAAUACCUAAAAUAAAAAGGAGUGCGCACUAAGAUACCGAGUGCCAAACAAAAUACAUUUACAUGUGCUGUUACGAAUAUUGAUUGUAACCGGGUUAAUACAGCAUAUGUAUAAAUAUCUGUAUGUCAUACAUUGUGUACAUUUACAAGAAAUAAUCAUUGAGUAAAGAUGAUAUUUACUGCACACGUAAACCGUU